AAAUGGUUCAUGAGUUUACUCUUACUUUACUAUCUGAUUGUCUUAUACAAAUUGGAUCACAAAUAUUGUUUUUUGCUUUUGGAUGGAUAUUUUUAGUAAAGAAACUAUUCAAGGAUUAUGAGUCCUCUACUGAUCGUCGCGAUGCUCAGAGCUUUAUGGAAAAUCAAAUUAAUUUAAGUUCUCUUUCAGAUAACUUUUCGACAAGUCUCACCGAUUCUACAAAAAUUCCUCAGGGUGAUGUAUUUAUACAAUUCGGCAUGAGUCGUGUAAGCGUAAUAGGUGUGUUUCAAUUUGAUGCUCCAGAACAUGAGUUCUUGAGACAAGUCACAGACGCUGAUAUACAAGCUGCCGAAAAGAAAUAUAUUCAAACACUAGAUAUAAUUUUAAGUAAAAAAAGGCGCAUUUUGAUUUCUCAAGCACGCCAAAGAAGCGCUGUAGAGCAAGGUUCUCGAGUUGGUGGAUUUAUGCGAAAAAUGAUUAAUACGAUGGUCAAUCACAUGGGAAUAGGUGGCGAAAACAUUGGUAUGCUGCGUCAAGAAGUCGUUGGAUUGGAAAAUCUUAGUCGUCAGUUAUUUAUAGAUAUUGAUGAUUUAUAUCAAGAGCGGUUUUUUCGGGCUGUUUCAAAUUCGGUGUCGCGAAAUGACAUUGUCCUAUUAUUGGCACAAAUCAUGGGAAUGUACUUUCUAAGAUCAAUAGAAUUCAGUUUCUAUCAUCGAUGGUUUGAUGUAAUAUUUCUUGUGAGUGGGUUGGCAAGUGUUGUUUUCUUAUACUUUGUCCAUCAGGCCAAUAAGAGUAAUGUCAUGCUUUCCUCUGCUUCAAUGAGUUCCAUAUCACCUGGAUCAAGCGGAGGAUCGUCUACUACUCCAACCAGUGAUUACACAACUAAUUAUUCUCCCAAUUACUCACCUUCCGGUAUGGGAAACUCUCUUAAUAAUAGGGUAGGAGAUUGGGAACAUGCAAGUGGAACUAGCAGAUGGGUCAAUACUGGAUUAUAUCACCGCGACUAA